AUGAUCCGCGCGCUCGCGUCGCGGCUCGGCCGCGCGGCCGUGAAGACGACGACGCGGCAUUCUCCACCCGCGUCGUCGUCGUCGUCGUCGUCGUCGUCGUCGUCGUCGUCGUCCGCCCGUCUUCGUCGUCUCAGCGGCGAGACCGCGGGCGCGUCCGGCGCGUCGUCGUCGGACGCGGCGUUUGCGUCGUCGACGUCCAUCGCGGGCGCGAACACGAAGGAGUACCUCGUCCGCGUCCCCGCGGCGAAGAUCGAGGCCGAGAUGGACGCGAACGAGAGCUUUCUGAGGAGACACCUCGUGACGCUGACGUCCAUCGGCGCGGCGGCGUACAUCGGGUUCUACGUCGCGCCCAUCGUCGGCGGCGGGACGUCGCAGAGCGCGGUGAAGUUGUUGCGGAGCGACGACGGCGUCUUCCGAAGGACCGGGCUCUCGCGUUUGAACGCGAUGAUCUCCGCGGGGCACGCGACCUACCUCGCGCCCGCGAUCGAGGAGAGCGCGGGGGAGCUCCUCGUGUCGUUGGCGUCCGGACGCGGCGAGAAGCCGGGAAGAGCAAAGGCGGAGGAGAAGGCGGAGGAGGCGGCGGAGGCGUUGCGAUGUUUAGAAUCGCUCGUUGCCGUGUCGGAGGAGAUUCGCGUCGGGUUGUCGAAGCGCGCGGCGGUGAUGGACGCGCUCGCGGCCGCGUCGAGGGAUAGGACGUUAGCCAAGGACGUGCGCGAGAGGCUCGCGAGCGUGCGCGAGAAGCUCAAGCGAAGCGCGGCGAAGUAG